AUGGUUGACGAUCUCUCUGACGGAGUAAUCCUGGCUGACAUUCUAAUUUAAGUAGAACGAGAUUUUUUCAUAAACACAAUUGGCAACUUCCAGAUUUAUCGCAGAGAUCAUUAAAUGGAGGAAAAACUUUAGAACCUGAAUAGAAUUAAAUAAGCUGUUGCUGAUUAUUACUUGCAAACACAUAGUAUUGAGUUGAAAAACGACAUUGAUCUCGAAAGCAUUUUGAUAUAGAAAGGCAAAACUGAAUCAACGAUAAAGCUGUUUGAACUCGUUUUAGGUGUUGUCGUGUCUUGUCCUGAUAAGGAUUUCUACAUUAGCAAAUUUAUGGAAUUAGAUCAGGAUGAUCAAUAUAACUUAGGUUCAAUGGUCGAGAGAGUAAUGGCAUUCAUUAACGGGUAGUCUGAUUUCGACGAUACAUCAGAUUAACAUAUAAAUCAAGAUCCAAUAAUCAGUCAGAGAGAUAACUUUGCCAUGAGUGGAGGAGGAUUCAGUGAUUAGCUGCUAAAUAAGCGGAAACUUUUCGAGGCCUCACCUGAUAAGGACUUUGACAAGAUGGAAUACGAUCAUUAACUAUAAAGAAAGGAUGAAAAGAUUGAGGAACUCUAUCAGUAGAUGCAAACAAUUGAAAAGGAUAGAACUAGAGUCAGAGCUACUAUUGUAAAAUACGAAGAAGAGAAUAAGAAUCUAGUAAAUGGUCUAGAGGAGGCCAAGAUAGAGAUAACAGAUUUGAAGAAAUAGAUUGAAAUUUAUGAAAACAAGCUGAACUCUAAUUUAGAUGUCAGAGAGGAUAAGAUUAUGACUCAGUAAUCUGAGAUAAAAGAGUUAGAGGGAGAGAUUGACUUGAAGAACAAAAAGAUCAGAGAGCUGCUGAAGGAAAAGACCGCAGCUGAGAAGAGGUAUGAAGAAGAUUAUUAGGCUUUGAGAGAUGAAUUGGAUGUUACUAAGGAGAAGAUCAUUUAGCUGUCCAAAAACGAAGCCAUUAUAGAGGUCUAUAAGAAGAAAAUCUAGGAUAUGGCUUAACUUAAAAGCGACUAUAAGGACAUGCAGGAUAGAAACUAGAGACUAGUAGAGAGUCUAGAGAUUUUAGAGAAGGAAAAGGGAAAUAAUAAGAAUUUGAAGCAGUACGUACAGUACUUGGAGGAGUAACUAAACAGUGAAAAGAGUAAGUAUGACAUCCUGGAGAUUCAGUCUAAGAAGAAUGAAAAAAAGAAUAGCGACUUAAUAAACGAAAAGAUUAAGCUGGAGAAGGAGAACUAGUUUUACAAGGAAACUAAUGACCAGUUGGAGUCAGAACUUAAGAAGGCUAAUGUUCAGGUCAAAUAAGCUAAGUACGAUGAGAUGAGAGAAGACGGAGGGGCUUUACUGCCAGAGUCUUAGAAAGCCAACAUGAGAGAGAAGAUAAAGCAACUUGAGAAGGAAAACUCGAUCCUCAAGAUGGAAUUGGAGAAUAAGUUCGACAAGGACAAGGCGAUCAUUCAGAGUAAAUUAUAGGAUGCUCUACGAGAGAAGGAGAAGCUUGAGCAGUAAAAUGAGAUGACUUAGCAGCAGUUGCAGAGACUACAGGAGAAGAUAAUAAACAUGAGUAUACAGCAAGACAAUCCUGGCAAGUUCGAGGAGUUGAGCGAGGAUAUGGACAGCAUAAUGAGGGAUAGGGAUUAGUACUUCUUGAAAAUGACUCAGAACGAGAUAAUGAUGAAGCAGCAGACCAAAGAGGUGGAGCAGCUGUAGGAGCAGUUGUACGAGGUUUAGAGACAAUUGCAGAAAGUGCAAAGUGAGAGGACUGAGUAUCAUCACUAGUAUUUGCAGGAAAAGGAAAAGGUGAUUAUUAAGCAAGAAGAGAUCAGUAAACUUGAAAAUGAACUCUCCAAGUUGAAGCUUUCAAUUGAGUAGAAGCUAGCCUCUGAUAAUAUUGAGAGUAAAGAGAGUCAGAAUCUAUUGGAGGAAAUUUAAAGACUAAGAGAGCAAGAGAAACUGAUGAGAGAGGAGUUAAUAGUUCUAAAAGCAACCACAACCUCGACCUAGUCAACAUCUCAGCACUAAGAGAUAAUGGCUUAGCUGAUAAAGCAGAACGAAGAGAUUCAGCUGAAUGCCAUAGUCAGUGAACUAAAGUUAGAGAUCAAGGACAAAGAAAAUACGAUUAAAGACCUUUAGAGAGACCUAGAGUCUAAGGACAAGGACUACUAGCUGCAGCUAGAAAAGCUCAAGCUAGAAGUGCAGUCUAAGGAACAGAACAUGAAGAGACUCUCAGAGGAUAAGAACAAGGAAAUUGGCUUGCAUAAGGAAACUGGGUUGAAUUCUAAGAGGCUGCUGGAUAAUAUACGCAAGGAGCAGAGCAUUAUGAGUGGAGUGUUUCAUAAUAUUGCUAUGGAGUUGUUCUAAAAGCAACUGUCUUCUUGA